AUGGCCCCACAGAACAAUAGUACUCAUGCAGAGAUAUGGGACGAUUCCACACUUGUGAACUCGUGGAAUGAAGCUCUAGAAGAAUAUGAGAAGUAUCAUAGUAUUCAUGCUCGAGGGGAAAAAGUUGAGGAUGUGUUGAAGGUGUUUGAGAACCAAAGUAAUGGAUUGGAAGGAAUGAUGGAUGAAGAUGGUGGGGAGAUCGUUGAAGAACAUUUGAAGGAGAAUGUUAUUGAGCAAAGCGAGUUUGAAAAAAUAGAAGAUCAUACUCCCACGGACACCAGACCUAAAGUUGGUGAACAACCUACCGGUACAGCAAAAGAGAGCAAAUCUCAACCUCCAUCUUCAAAAGCUCCAACACUGCCACCACAGUUAAUUGGCCAAGUUCACGAUGAAAACCUUAAGAAUUUACUUAUGUCCUGGUACUAUGCUGGCUACUACACGGGACUUUAUGAAGGCCAACAGCAGAAAGAGACCAAUAAGGGCACUUAA